AUGUCGUUCAACAGUCUUGCCUCCUCCUCUGUUUCACAGACGACACGCACACCGAGAGUUAUAGCACUGUUUGGUGUUAGGUACAUUGCUGCCGCUCCUACCAACAGCAAGUACCUACUGACUGUCAUUCAACAGUCUCUCCUCCUCCUCCGUUUCACAGACAACACGCACACCGAGAGUUAUAUAGCACUGUUUGGUGUUAGACGACACGCACACCGAGAGUUAUAUAGCACUGUUUGGUGUCAGUCUCUCCUCCUCCUCCGUUUUGCAGAUGACACGCCAGAUGACACGCACACUGAGAGUUAUAUAGCAUUGUUCGGUGUUAGUCUCGCCUCCUCCUCCGUUUCGCAGACAACACAUACACUGAGAGUUAUGACACUGUUCGGUGUUAGGACGCGCCUCAUUGACACACCUUCUACCUCGCUUUACCAACAUCCCCCAUUUGUUAAUUUUAUCCGGCAGGGCUUGCCUCGUCGCUAA